AUGUCGGCGAAGCCCACGAGCAAGACCUUCGGAAAGUCGACCCGAGAGGUCCCUGCCUCUUCGGAGAAGGCUAAGAAGUGGUACCCCGCUGGCGACGAUGCCGAGAACAAGAAGGUUCGCAAGGCUGUCCGAUCUUGGACUCCUCGCUCUUCCCUCCAGCCCGGCACUGUCCUCAUCCUCCUCGCUGGCCGCUUCCGUGGCAAGCGUGUCAUCCUCCUGAAGUCCCUCGACCAGGGCGUCCUCUUGGUCACCGGCCCCUUCAAGAUCAACGGUGUCCCUCUGCGACGAGUCAACUCCCGAUACGUCAUCGCCACCUCUUACAAGGUCGACAUCUCCGGCCUCGACGAGAGCAAGAUUGAGGAGAUCUCUCAGCCCAAGUACUUCACCGCCGAGAAGGCCAAGGAGAAGGCUGGCGAGGAGGCUUUCUUCAAGCAGGGAGAGAAGCCCCAGAAGAAGGAGGUCAACAGCAGCCGCGCCGCCGACCAGAAGGCUAUCGACAAGGCUCUGAUUGCCAACAUCAAGAAGGUCGACAUGCUUGCCUCUUACCUCUCCAGCUCUUUCAGCUUGAGGAAGGGUGACAAGCCCCACGAGAUGGCCUGGUAA